AUGAAUAUCCCGUUUCUACGUCAGUUAUUCGUUGUGAGUUCGAUACUACUAGGAGCAGCGUCCACAGGAGGUAUAUUGGGACUGCCCAGCGUUUUGGUGGAACAAUUAAAAAAAAAUGAUAGUCUUAUAGAAAUUGACCUGGAAACUGAAACGUGGAUCGCUUCAGUUCACGGUUUUGCCGGUAUCCCGAGUAUAAUUAUACCGUUCAUGAUGCAAUGCUGGGGUAGAAAAAUUGGAUUCCGUUGCAGCGGCCUCUCCGUCUUGAUCGGCUGGAUCAUCCUUUGCUUCGCGAAUAGUUCCGGUACUGUGAUCAUCGCUGAAGUAUUUCAAGGUGCAGGUAUUAAAAUAUUACUCGUGGUGAGCAUGGUUAUUAUCAGUGAAAUGGUUGAACCUAAAAUUAGAAACAUAUCAAUAGUUUCGUACGGAAUCAUACAAACAGUUGUCAUACUAGUCGUCCAUACAGCUGGAAACUUCAUUCACUGGAAGACCAUAAGUCUACUUAUGUGCUUUCCGAUCGGAUUGGCCUUAAUUUCCAGUUGUAUUUGGCCGGAAUCGCCAGCCUGGUUGGCCUAUAAAGGUAGAUUUGACGAAAGCAGAAACUCCUUUAUAUGGUUACGAGGCAAAAAUAAACAGUCGCUUGCAGAGGUAAAUGCUCUUUUUAUUGCUCAAAGAGAGUUUUUGCACUCUCAGUUGUCCACAAAGUCCUCAAAACGCAGUAAACCGUUAAUGCGAGCAUUGUGGCAAAAAAUAAGCGGUCGUGAUUUUUACUUACCAAUUUUUCACAUGUUCGUGCUUCUAUCCUGUUAUUUUUGGAGCGGAAACUUAUUGAUAGUUGUAUACGCUAUCCGUAUAGUAGGUAAAAUUAUAGAAAAUAAAGAAUCAGCUUUUAUUGCCAUGAUUGUGAUCGACGUGGCUUCUGUAAUUGGGAAUAUAUGUUGCCCUAUUUUGCUUAAAUAUUUUGCCAACAAAACUAUUCUUUUAAUAGGAGGUGCGUUAUCUAUAGUAUUUUUAAUAUGCUCCUCAACUAUUUUGUACUUACAAGAAACAGGUAUAGUAGCUACUGAUUCAUUGCUCUGUUUGUAUUCUUUAGUGGGAUUUAUGGUAUGCUCUUCUACAGCAUUAUUUAUGAUCCCUUUUGGCAUUGCAACCGAAAUUAUACCUUUACGACAUCGAGGGGUGGCCGGAUCACUUUACAUUAUUUUAAUGAGUGUAUCAUACACUACUUCACUUAAAAUAGCGCCAUAUAUUAUUCUUCAUCUAGGAAUGCACGGUAUAUUUUUAAUGUAUGCAUUUAUUUUAAGUUUUUGCUUUAUAUGGAUUGGGAAAUAUGUACCCGAAACUAAGAAUAAAACUUUACAAAGUAUAGAGGAUCAUUUUGUUAAGAACUCUAAGGAUCAAAAGGUUUUUACGGAUGAGGAAACGGAUGAAAAUAUCUAUUUAAAUGAUAUCAAAUAA